ACACUCAGAGACCAGAACUCUCACGGACCGGACUCCCAAUUCAAAUCAGAUGAGUCAAGAAUUACAAGGAACAGGUUUAAUUAGGGCAAAGGGACGCAUCCACGAGUUGACUGAGAAAAUGUGAGAAAAAAAUUCUCAUCAACGUUUAGUGCCCGUGGAAAAUGUGACUUCAAAACAACGGCAACAACCGCCCUAACUGAAAGCGGGUAGACGAUUGCCAGACAAACAAGGGGUCCCGGUGGGUUAAGGAGGUGACGCAGUUAAUCCGGAGAGGCCGGAGUUUCUGAUCGUACCCAGAAACUGAAGGAAGCAUCGUCGGCCAAGAACUGAAAUCCUCUCACCGCAACCAUGGAGCGAAGUAGGGGGAAGGACCGAGUGACGGGUGACUGAGGUCCCGAGAACCGUCAUCUCUCUCUGGACCCUCGGAUAAACUAGGUCGCAAGGGUCUCGGGCAUGCCCAGGGACAUUCAUACCUACACUCAAACUCACGGUCACUAAGUUCCCCACGCUCUGGGCUCUCGGCCACCGGUUCACAGGAUCUCCAGCAAAGAAUAGGUCUGGGCGCACUCACCCGUCAGUCAAGGCCAGGCGUCGGGGGUAAAAUCUUCUAGCUGAGGUGUUAAACCUCCUUAGACUAGACCAGAAAUCGCCCAGAACUGUGAGUUCCAGCUGUUCCGGGGAAUUCUCUCUCCAUGGCACUGCCCCCGCUAUAUCCGUUGGGGAAACGGAAGUCCCUCCCCAAUGCCGGAAGUGCAGCGGCCUUACUUCCUCAGAGUCUCUCUAGACGCAGAGUAGAUUGGUUUCCGGCCCCGGGUGGGCGCGGACUUGGUUCAGUGCGCGCUCCGGAGCUGUGUCCCGGGAGCGCAGUCCUGCGAGCCGCUUGCACGGGGAUCCGGGACUGCGGCCGCGCGAGGAGAGCGCCUAUCCGGGUGCCAGGCAAGUGCAAGGCCAUGAACGGCACGGCGAACCCGCUGCUGGAUCGUGAGGAGCACUGCCUGCGGCUCGGGGAGAGCUUCGAGAAACGGCCGCGGGCCUCCUUCCACACUAUUCGCUACGAUUUUAAGCCAGCAUCGAUAGACACUUCCUGUGAAGGAGAGCUCCAGGUUGGCAAAGGAGAUGAAGUCACCAUUACGCUGCCACACAUCCCUGGGUCCACACCGCCGAUGACAGUGUUCAAAGGGAACAAACGGCCUUAUCAGAAAGACUGUGUGCUCAUUAUUAACCAUGACACUGGAGAGUACGUCCUGGAGAAGCUCAGCAGCAGCAUUCAAGUCAAGAAGACACGAGCUGAGGGAAGCAGCAAAAUUCAAGCCCGAAUGGAACAGCAACCCACUCGUCCCCCACAACCCCCACAGCCGUCACAGCCGCCCCCUCCACCUCCACCCAUGCCAUUCCGAGCCCCAACAAAGCCUCCAGCUGGACCCAAAACUUCUCCCUUGAAGGAUAACCCCUCACCUGAGCCCCAGCUGGAUGACAUCAAAAGAGAGCUGAGAGCUGAGGUCGACAUUAUUGAGCAGAUGAGCAGCAGCAGUGGGAGCAGUUCCUCCGACUCUGAGAGCUCCUCAGGGAGCGACGAUGACAGCUCCAGCAGCGCAGGCGAAGACAAUGGCCCAGCCUCUCCCCCCCAGCCUUCACACCAGCAGCCCUACAACAGCAGGCCUGCAGUGGCCAAUGGAACCAGCCGGCCCCAAGGAAGCUCUCAGCUCAUGAACACGCUCAGAAAUGACCUGCAGCUAAGUGAGUCUGGCAGUGACAGUGAUGACUAACGCCAGGCUUUUGAAAUCCGCUUUCUGGUACGCAAACACAUGCUGCAGGACCCAGCUACUUCUGCCGGGAUGCAUGCCACAGGAGGGUGUUGUGGGUCAGAGCCAAUAGGAGUUAAGGCCUGGAAGCACUCAGAUACUCAGUCUUUAACUUGGUGGUGGUGGGUGAUUUUCUCAUGUAAUUUUUGAACAAUCUCUUGAUUCAGAGUUUAAGUAUAACUAUAGGAGAACUAACAGAAUUCUGUUUUAUUUGGUUAACAUUGUUAAUGAAAAACAGACCAAUGUACCCUAGUCUAGGACACUCAAAGUCUGUAUCUUCAUAGGCCAGUAAUUCAGCAGCCCUCAGUUCAGCUGGGUGGUCUCUACCAGUAUAAAAUACAAGUCUUUUAAGGGCAUGGAAAGAAAAGAGAUUCUCAAAUUGUGUCAUAGAAAUACAUUAAGACCACUUUACAGUGUUGAUACAAAGUGGUAAGGAAGUUUUUGUGACCUAGUUUGACAAGACCAUAGAAGUUGGCCUUGGCAGAGUCUUUGGGUCAGGUGUGUGUGUGUGUGUGUGUGUGUGUGUGUGUGUGUGUGUGUGUGCACGCGCGUGUGCGCUGGAGAUUCAAUAGCUCAGUCCAGCACAGCUAGGAAAAGGGAAGCACACAGCCAGGAACGGCCAGUCACCUGUCCCUGGGCAAGCUUGCUCACUACUUCCUCUUUUGAGUUACACUAGCAGGCUUCAGAUUCUUUUGCAUGGAACUUUCUAUUGGAUUCCAAAAGACAAAAGCAUUGCUGGCAUUCAACUUGGAUUCAGGCUCAGGCAGUUCCAGCACAUUCGAGGCAGAGUGAGCAGAUACAACAGCAGCUGCCAUGCUGACACACAUCCUCAGCUCAUCUGAGGCUUUUGCUUUCAUUAGGAUCAAUCCCUAGGUUGUUCUUUAUUCCAAGGAUGUUUGGAGGGUAGGAAUCAAAGAGGGAUGUAGUGAGAAACCUCUGGGCAGAUUAACCUGCAGCAAGCCUCCACGAUGAGAAUUGUGACAGGAGUUUGGCGGUAUGGAGCCAUCUUCGGAAGCUUCGUUUGCUUUUGUGCCACUGUUUGAGCCUAACUCCCUGUCUGAUGGGCUAUUUUUAUAGAAGAGAAUCACAAGAUUGCCUUUUGCAAUGUGCCAUUUCCAAAUGAAUGUUCUUGCUGGAAACUGGUCACUAGUCAGUGUUCCACGUUGAGGAAGUGUGUAGUGACUUGUGUGUCACUGCCCAUCUCUGUAGUCUGAAUGAAUAUAUCCUAGGAAAUCCCUGUCUUUGCUUUAAGACAUUAAUAAUGCUGUUCUUUCCUCGGGUUUCUCCACUCACCCCUUUCCUCCUGUGCUAGUGGAGGAAGGUGGUCUGGACCUAAAAAGGAAAUGAAUGGUCCAUGGUGGGACCUUAGGUCAUAUAGGUCAACUAUGCAGUCAACGUACCAUAUAGAUCAACUGUUUGAUCCACACAGAGGCUGAAGUGAGCUGAGAUGGGGUAGAGGCCAUUACCCAGCAGCACAUCAGCACCACUCUGCAUAAGUUCAGAUGCAGAGUAUGCACUACUACCUGUGCUAGUCUCAGCCCACUGGGAGAUGCUCCCUGGAUCCAGUAGCAGGUGGGAACCUAUUUAUAGCAGACUGAUAGUUGCUUUGUAAUUCUUUGGAAAUGAUAGCUCAGGGAAGGUGAAGGUUAUGAUUGGGUGACUUGAAUUGUCACUAGAUGUGGGAAUUGAAUUGUUUUACUGCUCUUAACCUGUUCAAACUGUGGCAGGUUCCAGGAACUUGAACUAAAAAUGCCUAUUUGAGUCUCCCUUUGUCCCGUUUUUCUCCAAAAGCCUUGGUUUGUGUAGACGGAACUGUGGUGUUGGCAUGCUAGUCAGUGACGGUUGCCAUAGGAAGUACUGCAUAUGGCACUGGGCUUGAUAAAUCGAGCUUUCUGUGCCUCACACUACCCAGUCACCUGGCCUGCCCAGCACCACACAUCAUUUUGUAGAUGGUUCCAGUUUUUGCUCUCUGCACAAAUCCUUCGGUGGUUCUUUCUGCUUCCCCCUCCAGAAUAAGAAAGCUGUUUUUGGAAAUCCAGAAUGUAGCCUCCCAGAUGGCUUCUCAGGGGUAUCCUUGUGCCAACCAAAGGACUCCCUUCCUGUCGCUGUGCCUUUGCUCUCCUCUCCUCUUCACCCAGUCUAAACCUCUCUCCAGAGCUCCUCAGUCACUAUUUCACAAACUCUUCAUUUCUUUCAACAUAUGGGUACGCCCUGGUGUGUAUACAAACUACCGUUCUACCUGGUCUGGUUGGUAUUAGCGCCUCAAGAGCAGGGACUGUCAUCACAGAACUAGACAUGCAGGUGCUCGUGCUCUGGUUGGGGAAGAUACAGAGAGAACUACUAGUGAAGGAUGGAGGGUAAACAUAGGGAAACAUUCCAGGCGUUGAGACAUUGUGUAUAGAAAUAUGUGCACAAUGUCCAUGCGAGUCUCUACUGAAUCUGUAAAUUAUCUUUUAUUUGCUCUAUGCAAUGUUCACUUGGGUGAGGUGGAUAGACUAAUUCUACAGAGAUGAUGCCAUGGCAAUCCUUUGAAAAACAUUGGGAAAAUGCAAUACAGAUAAACUAGAGAUUUGUAAUAAUGCCACUUGUUAGUUUAUUUCUGUAGCAGAAUAAUUUUCUCUGUGAUGGUAUGCUGUAGUAAUAGGGAAACUUGAAAAUUCCAAAGUCCUUCCCUUUUUUGAGAGACUGGUUAGUGUUAGUAUGUGUGUGUACAUGUGUGUACAUGUGUGAUAUUUAUUAAUUAUUUUAAAAGAGAAUUGUUUUGUAGAUAUGUAUUAAGAACAGCCAAACUGAAUCUUUCCACUUGGCAAGGAACAUAAACUUUCUGAAACUCAGGCCUUAACCAGUAGCUUGGAAGACCAACUCAAGUGUUAGGAACUGUGUGUUUUUGUUUCUUGUUAUUUCUGUCUUAGAUUCCUUGUGUCCUUUAAUGAUAUUUAAAAUCUUGUGCCUAAAAAUUUAUUUUGCUUAAUUCUGAUGUAGACAUGCAUGUUUACAUUUAUAUAAAAUAUUUUGUGUAGUUUCCUCUCUUUCAAGAUGAAUAUAUUUAAAUAAAAAUGGUCAGCAAUAU